AUGGACACACCCAGUGCUAACCACAAGAGCCUGGAUCCGGGUAAACUCUGCAAUCUGUUCUCUAUGCUUCAUCCGGAGGGGGGCUCCUUCCUAAAGGAAUUUCAGAUCAAGCUGCUCCUUCAGAUUAAGCAAUUAAAAGCUCUUUCUAAAAAGCGACUAAUUCGCCAUAAUGUACAGACAACUGGAUUUACACUAAUGACCAGAGGUUCUAUAGGAAGCUGUGAACUGGAAAAGGAUCAUUUUUCUUCUGAUGAUGAAGCAAUAGAAGCUGACAACGAAGAUGAUGUUGAACCCUGUGAUGAAAAUGAAAAUACUGCAGAAUCCAAUGUUGAGACUAAUAUGGGCUGGGCAUAUGCCAUGGCUAAAAUCCUUAACAAAAAAAUUCCUAAAAGUAAACACGCCAUUCUGGUCAAAAACAAAGCGCUGGAAAAGGAAAAAGAAAAGUUAAAAGAAGAAAGAAUAGAGAAGAGAAAACAGCGUGAUAAGAGGCUGGAGUGGGAAAUGAUGCGCAGAGUAAAGCCAGAUGUUGUCAAAGACAAAGAAACGGAGAGAAAUCUUCAGAGAAUUGCAACAAGGGGUGUGGUGCAGUUAUUUAAUGCUGUUCAGAAACAUCAGAAGAAUGUUGAUGAAAAGGUUAAAGAAGCUGGAAACUCUAUUAGAAAGCGUGCUAAGUUAAUAUCAGCUGUUUCCAAGAAAGAUUUCAUCAGUGUUUUGAGAGGAAAGGACGGAAGUACAAAUGAGACAAGUUCUACUGGGAAGAACUCAAAAGCUAAACAGGGUGCAGUGAAAUCAGAAGAGGGCCCAGGUUGGACUAUCCUACGUGAUGAUUUCAUGAUGGGAGCAUCCAUGAAAGACUGGGACAAGGAAAGUGACAAGGAAAGUGAUGGGCCAGAUGACAGCAGACCAGGAUCUGCAAGUGACUCUGAUACGUAAAGCAACGUAGGA